AUGCCUAAGUGCGGGUACUGUGGUAAAUUUUUGUCCAACGUGGACUGUGUGAGGUGUUCAAAAUGCGCAAAUAAUUAUCAUCGUGCUUGCUGUUCUGUACCGACGGGGACAACACCUCAAGGAUGGGCGUGCCAAGGCUGCAAAGUCAAAACCAAACCAGACCCGACGUCAUCCUCGAGGGCAUCAAAAACGUUAUGUGGUGAUAUGUCGUCAGAAAAGUCAACCCCUCAAUCAGAUCUAAGUGAGAAUACACCCACAACGAACAACCACAUGCUACGGGAGUUUAUGCAGGAGAUAAGAGAUCUGCGCAGUGAGCUGAGCAAAACAAGAACUGAGAUUGCGGACUGCAGGAGGGAGAUUCUCGACUUCAAAGCAGAGCUGCAUUCAUGCGGCGCACGUUUAACUGCCUUGGAAGACAAAGUGUCUACACUGGAGACAAGCUGCGAAGAUGACGGUAAGGUAGCCGAGCGAAUUAAAAAUGAAAAUGACAUAAAGAAAAUUUUUAUAUCUUGA